GCGGCGGCGGCGGCGGCGACAGCAGAGGAGGCGGAGCGGGGUAGCCGGGAGCGGGCUGGCCCGCGCUCCUCCUGGCGGCCGGGGAUUUUCCAGCCUGGGCGCUGACGCCGCGGACCUCCCUGCGGCCGCCGCGGACCUCCCUGCGGCCGCCGCGGACCAUGGGCGACAAAGGGACACGAGUGUUCAAGAAGGCAAGCCCCAAUGGAAAGCUCACUGUCUACCUGGGGAAGCGGGACUUCGUGGACCACAUUGACCUCGUGGAUCCUGUGGAUGGUGUGGUCCUGGUGGAUCCUGAAUAUCUCAAGGAAAGGCGAGGCCCCUCCUCAGUGCCCCUGCUCCUCACAGUCUACGUGACGCUGACCUGCGCCUUCCGGUAUGGCCGGGAAGACCUGGAUGUCUUGGGUCUGACUUUUCGCAAAGACUUGUUUGUGGCCAACGUGCAGUCCUUCCCACCGGCCCCUGAGGACAAGAAGCCGCUGACUCGGUUACAGGAGCGGCUCAUCAAGAAGCUGGGCGAGCAUGCCUACCCCUUCACCUUUGAGAUCCCUCCAAACCUUCCAUGCUCGGUGACAUUGCAGCCAGGGCCUGAGGACACAGGGAAGGCCUGUGGUGUGGAUUAUGAAGUCAAAGCCUUCUGUGCCGAGAACCUGGAGGAGAAGAUCCACAAGAGGAAUUCCGUGCGGCUAGUCAUCCGGAAGGUUCAGUAUGCCCCAGAGAGGCCUGGCCCUCAGCCCACAGCCGAGACCACCAGACAGUUCCUCAUGUCGGACAAGCCUCUGCACCUUGAGGCAUCUCUGGAUAAGGAGAUUUAUUACCAUGGAGAACCCAUCAGCGUCAAUGUCCACGUCACCAACAACACCAACAAGACUGUGAAGAAGAUCAAAAUCUCGGUACGCCAGUAUGCAGACAUCUGUCUCUUCAACACAGCGCAGUACAAGUGCCCAGUGGCCAUGGAGGAGGCCGAUGACAAUGUGGCACCCAGCUCAACGUUCUGCAAGGUCUACACACUGACUCCCUUCCUGGCCAACAACCGAGAGAAGCGGGGGCUUGCCCUGGAUGGGAAACUCAAGCACGAAGACACAAAUCUGGCUUCCAGCACUCUGUUGAGGGAAGGUGCCAACCGUGAGAUCCUGGGGAUCAUUGUCUCCUACAAAGUGAAAGUGAAGCUGGUGGUGUCUCGGGGCGGCCUGUUGGGAGAUCUUGCAUCCAGUGACGUGGCCGUGGAGCUGCCUUUUACCUUAAUGCACCCCAAGCCUAAAGAGGAGCCCCCACAUCGGGAAGUUCCAGAGAGCGAGACUCCAGUAGACACCAAUCUCAUAGAGCUUGACACCAAUGAUGACGACAUUGUCUUUGAGGACUUUGCCCGCCAGAGGCUGAAAGGCAUGAAGGACGACAAGGACGAAGAGGAGGAUGGCACCGGCUCUCCACACCUCAACAACAGAUAGACUGGGGCCGGCCCUCACCCUGGCAGCUCCAGGUUCACUUCUGCACUCGGAUGCUUUCUCGUCUCCUUUCCAUUCCGGUUCCCCCUCCCUUUUGUUCUUCCAGUUUCUACCAAGGGGCCCCAGUGGUCUUCCAAGUCUCGGUGACGAGCCUCAGAACUGGCCUCACAUCACCAUGCCAGCAGGACCACAGCACACAUCCUCAGCCAUCUCUCUGCAAUCACCUGCCCACCCCCUUUUCACGCUCAUUCCCAGGAAGGCCACACUACCUGGCCUUGGGAUUUGGCUUGAGUUGGGGAGCAGAAAGGGGAGGGUGGGGCCAGAAGGCCAAAGUGAUGGUGGGUAUGAAGAUGUGGAGAGGCUGGGCAAGGUGGUUCAAGACACACAAGAAGAUGUCUGCCGUCCCAGGAGGUGACACAGUUUCAGCAGCUAAAAGAUGACUGUAUUGAAGGUUGGAGAGGGCAAGACUGUGAAUAGAUUCUCGAUGCGUUUCUUGUGGUCUAGGCCCACCAGAGACUCCUCCCCUCCACCCUCAUCCUUGGUCCAUGUCCCUGUGUUUCAUGGGGGAGGCACAUAGACCCCAGGAGUGAAGAGCAAUGGACUGACUUUCUAACCAGCAGACACCUGGAUCGAGGCAGGCUGCAGAUCCACCCACACAUCUGUCAGUGCUAAUCGGAUGGGUCACCUUAGCUUUGUUGCAUUUUGUAUGGGGGCACAGAGAGAGGAAGCAGGUCUUUAACAAAUGCCAGCCCCUAGCAGGGAGCCAAAGCUACUGAGAAGGUUUUCUGAGGGGGGGGUUAAGAGACAGGGCAGGGUAGGGGAUGAGCAUCCAUCCUCCUCCUUUCCCUUCGUGGCUGGUCCUUCAGGAAGCAAGGAUGGAGGGCCACGGACAGCUGAAGCCUCUAGCGCCUUCCAACUUCCUCCAGUAGUUUUCCAGUGAGUUGGCCCCAUAAGCUAGGAGUGGGGGAGGGAGAGGGAGAGGAGGAGGGGGAGAGAGAGGUUCCUGAGGCAACCAUCCCCACUGUUAGGGGAGCCCAUCCCAGAAGGUGGCACCCGUAGAGAUGCACUCACCUGCAGGAAAGUGCCUCCUCUCUUGGAGGAGUUGAUCCCAUUCGUAUCAGGGUCAUGGGUACCCAGUAUCUAUCAGCUGGUGUUAGUGUGACUUGACUGGGGUGUCUCCCAGGGUAACAGGGCAGACAGGUGGCAAACGGUGCUCAGAGAUAGCCUUGUUUGGUCUUUGAUGCUAACUUGUUGUGUGACCUUGGACCAGUUCCCCUCCCCCUCUUCAGACCUCAGUUUCUUGUUGGAAAGCCAGAAGGUAGACCAGAUGACCCCAAGGGUUUCCAGUUCUUGUUUCUAUAAAUAUGUGGCUCUCUGAGUUCUGGUCUACCAGGUGGAACUGAGGCUGCCAACUGCCCCCUCCAGAGGAGAUUCAUGGGACCUGAGGACUCAGGGCUGGGCGGAGCACCGAGUACAGCUUCCUGCCUGGGAAGGGCUGCCCUUGGACCCUAGUCGGCUUGUCUGAUGUCAAGUUGUGGUCACAGCCUUUGUGAAUUUCUCUGUCCCAGAGUUUGUGUUUGCUGAGGCUUGCAUGAGAAGUGUGUGGACAACCUUGGGUUUAUCAAAUGUAUUGAUUAGCAGGGCAAGAGGAUCUCAUCUUGACUUCUGUUCUCUUUUUCCCAGUUCCAUACUUGCCUGAGAAGGGAGACCACAGCUUUGGUUUGUUUGUGAGACAGAAUAUUAUGUAGCCCAGGCUAGCCAUGAACCCACUCUGUAACUGAGAAUGACCUUGAAUUCUUGAUCCUCUUGCCUCAGAUGCUAAGAUUACAGGCAUGUCCCACUGCUACUGGCUUCAUACUUUAUUUUACAGGUCGGAUCCCAACCAGUUUUAGUCCAUCGUGCCCAGUGAUUGCAAUAAUUUCUCAUGGUGAAAUGGUCCAGGCCCACUGGCCCUGCACCUUCUAAAUCUCAUAAGCAGUCAACCUAAGGCACCUCUUUCCAGAUUAGAACAGCCAGUUUGGGGCAGUCAUAUGCCCUGGCCAGCCCUGGGAUCAUAACUGCUGGCUCCCCUGGUAUCCCUUCCUUACCAGAGCUAGCUGGGCACUUUUGCACCUACAGAAUUGAUGAAAAUCUUGAACAGUGUAAGGCAAGCAUGUGCCCUCCACUGGCUUCCACUAAAACCUCUGGAGCUAAUACAAGGCCCUUCAGCAUUGGGCUAACCCCUCCCUGGCAAACCUCCCUCCCAUCCUUAACUCAUACAAGCAAAGUCUUUCAGGCUGGUUUCUUGAACUUCCUGCACCUUGGUAUCCCCACUCAUCCUCUGGGUUUAUCCCACAGAUCAACCGAAAUUUCUCCAGCUGCAGGGAAGAUCAGAGUUCUCUGUGUUUUGAGCCGGCCUGCCUAAGGGCGAUGGUCAAGUUGCGUUCCAGCCAAACCGUCCUUUGCUGACAGCUUUGUUCUUUAACGUUGGGUACUAUAGACACUGAGGUGGAUCUCUCCCUGGAUCCCUGUCUAUAGAAAACUCCUGGUCAGGGGAAAGUUAGAGAAAGUACUGACAGCUCUGGCUACAGCUAGUCCACAUAGUGCCUUGAUGUGAGUUUGGACACAGUGCCCCUUCCAGGUGGAUUCAAACCCACACUGGAAAUUACACUCUGUGAGGCUGGGAUUGGGUGUUACUUGUCUCUGCUCCACAGGAGUGUCAUUCUGGGUGAGAUGCACAGGCUAACUUGUUUCUUUGGCUUCUUCUUCAGUAGGGGGCUUAGAUCCCUUGUCUAGACCUCUGGUCUGCUCCAGACACCAUGCCCAACCCCCAUCUCAUGACAUGACCCAAUGUUUCUCUGUAGGGCCCUUCUCUGUCCUGGAGUGUUCCUGGCCAGGAAGUACUUGGCAUGAACCUGGAGGCAAAGGAGCCUCCUGAGGUUCCAGGCACUAUCCAGUGGUAUUGGCUUUUCUUGUGCUGAGGGACUGGGAUUUGUGCCAACAAACAGCCCACACUGGGACUUUCCAGUAGACCAAGGGGCACAUGUUGAUGCCAAUCUGGGCAGGAAUAGCAUGCUUUGGUAAAAGCUCAUCAAUAGAGGGCAACUGGACUUGCCCAGUACCUACCCCAGCCAAGAGAAGAAUUCACUUCCCAGAAAGAUAAGGACUGAGUUGCUUGGCUGGACCCCAUGGCCAUUUCAGCUUUAAAGCCCAGAUGGCUCCCGCUGGAGGGUGGCUGACAACCUGAUUCCCACCUGGUGCAGUGAAAAGGACCAUGUCCUGAAAGUCCCCAAGGUCACCUCUCAGUCCCUGCUCACUGGAAUAAUAGCCUUUGUUUGCUUUAUUUGUGGGAUUGCUAUGAGGCUGAGGGGAGAGCCAGGAGCCAGUACUCUGUAGGCUGCAGCCUGCUGCACAGAGGUGGCCCUGUCAUUGCAGGGACGAGGCCCGAGGUCACACAGGAAGCUUGCUGUGGAAUGAGCCUUCUGUUUGCCUGUCUUUUGUCCUGAUUUUCCCGGUUAGAUAUCAGCCACAGUGACAAUCGGCCGUUGUGGCCUUGGUGACCGCACUGGGGGAGAUGUGUAGGUGCUACUGUCCAAGUAUGGGUCCCAGCAACCAGGACACAGAAGACAUGGAUGUUGUCAGUGAUUAGGGGACAGGGAGGAACAUCUUAGACUCUCCUGGGCCUGGACUCACCUCCUAGAGCCCACCGAAGUCAAGAAACCUGGCCUCUGACCACAGGUCAGGGAGCUGAAGCCACCAUAGUGCCACCCAAGAAAUGCAGGGGUGAGAGGAAAUAGACGUUGUCUCUUAGAAGUAGAAGGUCCCGGUCCAGGAUCAACAGAACCACCACAGCUCCCUGGAGACCUUUGGGAAUGUCCAAUCCUCUUGCUCUGAGAGGGGAGGCCCGGCUGAUCUACUCACAGUAGCUUCUGUAUCCCAGAGGCAGCUCUCUCCCACCAGGGGCUGAAGCCUGUAUGUGUGGCUCCCAUCCACCAGAGAGGGGGCUAGGCUCCAACCUUGAACUCCCAGGAUGCAGGCGGGUGCCUGUUCUGACAUUUACUCUUUUUAAACUUAAGGACCAAAUGAGACUUCUCUGAUUUUUAUCCACACAGCCUGUCUUGGGCCUAGCCCAGGCAGCCCUGUAACUUCUGCCCUCCUUCCCUGCCUGAGGCAGCCUGCUGGUGGGGGCGGGAUCCACACCUCUGCCACCCCCGUGCACACUGGCUUCACAGGGAGGCCUGUGGGCGGGGAAGCACUCCCUCCCUCAACAUUACCAACUCUGUCACCCCCAAAAGGGAAGUCACAGUCAAAGCACAGGUCCCUGGGACCCACUGUCUGCCCCAGGUACUGUGGACCUCUCGGUGUUCCACACAGCCUCGCUGGGUUGCUGCCGGGGGAAGUUGGGGAAGGGGGAACAGGCCCAGUUUCCCGCCUUCCCCUCAUUUCCACUUCCUCCAGAAUAACUCUGCUUUUUAGCUCUCUUGUCUUUUGAGGUUUCACUUUUAAACUCUGCUUUGAAGAAAAAUCUUCAAACCACCAUUCUGAGGUUUGAUCUUAGACCAGCAAGCACAGGCUCUCCUUGCUUUCGUGUGUUGGGGUGACUCCCGCACCCCAACACGAAGACACUCCGUGCUGGAACUCAGGUCACCAGGCCCAAGCAUUUGAACACACAUACGCUUGUUUUCUAGUUGACCUACCCUGAAGCGUGAGAACGAGUUUGAUGUGGGCCGGGCCUGAUGCUCAGUGAGGGUAGGGCUUGGCAUGGGCUGCAUGGGACCAUGGAGUGAGGAGCCAGGCCCAGUCUCCACUCAGGACUCAUUCUCAGGCAAGGCCCAUGGCUCGACAGGAAGAUCAGGGCAAUGGGUGGAGAAACUAGGGUUGGCUUCUUUAUGCACAGCCAAGGAGUGAGAAUCCAGGUUCACAUAAGAGAUACCACAAGGAGGACAUUUAUGAGGCUGGAUUCUCCAGAGACAUUUUAAGCAUGUCUUCCUUGAAUAAAUCUCCUAGGAUUCCACUUCUACACCUGUGGAUGUCCAUGUGCACAGCAGGAGGCUUUUAUGCCCAAAGAGGUUGGUUCCCCCUUCUGCAGUCCACCAGCUUCCCUCCACGUUGGUCUGCACUCUCAUGGGACUUUACUUCUAGGACAGCUUAUUGUUGAGACUUGGGCUAGCCUUUGGCACAGUCCUGCCUGGGCUUCCUGGCAUUCUAGGUUAGGAUUUGAAGCUCAGGGCACUGCUAAUCACAUGGCAUGGGAGAAAGAAUGCCAACUGAUGUUUAUGUUCAGUCCAAGUGUGACUUAGGAGACCCCCACUGACCUCAGGUUCCCCAUGUGUAAAGGGCUAGUACCAGGCUCUGCCCACCUCACAGGGACUACUGGAAGGGAUAUACGUGGGUAGGAAGAGAGGUCAUAUGAGGUGGCAGCCUACGUGAGGGAAUAACGUCUUGCCUGAGUUGCCAACCUACCGAGCCCACAACAGAAUGAAUAUACAGGAUAUUCUGUCUUCCCUGGGCAUCUCCACUCAGUGUUAGGUCCAGUCACAGCUGCUGUGUGGCUGCCUCUUCCGAGGGAUGGGAGCUGAUAUGUGUCCUGGGUGUGGUGGGGAGGGGUGGCUGGGGCAGCCUCAGGCCUGUGACCCUCUGUGAAGUGAUGAUUUGUGGCACAUUCAUGCCUGGAGCACAUCCAGGACAACCUGUCGUACCUGUGGCUGCCCUUAUUCUAUGAAGUCAUUAUAGUUUAUUCAACUCCAACAGGACAAAUGAGCAAAAGAACCUUGAACGAGAGGCUAUUAAAGGCCUUUUGUGAUAGAGGA